UAUUCCAUUUCAAACUCCCUGUCGUGAUGCACCUUUCUUAUGCCACCACCGCCUCCUCCUCCUCCUUCCUCAUCCUCCUCCAGCUUGUCCAUGGAGAGAAAGAAGUCGAGAAGCAGAGGAAGCGUAGACGACUUGGCUCUAGCCAAAGCGGCUGCAUGGGCGUGGUACGAACGCGGGUCGGCGUCGGAAGGGAAGCCGAUUCGCGAGCACGACGUCACCAGGACCCCCCGAGCCCCGAGGCCGUCGCGGUACAGGCAAGAAGCCGUUAAGUUAGCUCAACUUGCCAAGGUUCAAGAUGACAAAGAGAGGGAGAAGGAGAAAGAGAAAGAGAAUUCUCUUAUGGAUCCAUACGAAGUGCACGUGAUUUCGAGGCAAAUAGAUCGAUUCACAGAGUCCGGUCGAUUCUACGACAACAACUACGCCGGUUCCGCCAAGGUCGGGCUUCAUCACGAUCACUGGAAAUGCGACACGACGUCGCCGGAGAGUGAGAGAAGCGGCGGCAGGAAGAAGCGGAAGGAGAAGAAGAGUUCAGGGUUUUGGCAGAGGCAUGGAGUGAUGUGCCCGACAAGAGAAGAUGUGGUGGAGGCAUCAGUUUUGAGGGAGGCCAGGUCAAGGCGCAACAAGCACGUACCAGUAGUCAGAUGAGAUGUCCUCAAUGUGAUCCACACUGGCGAGUUCGGCCAUCAUCUCUCUUUCCCACCAC